CUCAGAUAAAGCAUUUCCUUCCAUUGUCAUCCUACCCGGACGGCCCCGCUGCCAGGGCCCUCCCCCUCCCGGCCCCCUCCCUUCCUCUCCCGGUCUCGCCGACUCUCUGCAGCCUCUGGUGCCUCGGGGGAUGUAAGGCCGGCGCCCCCGACCCCUCGCGCCCGCCUUGAUUCCCACUAUGAGCCCCCCGCUCUGAGGGCCCCGGCCCCUGGAUGCACAGACCCGGUGCUGAUGGGACCCAGGUGAGCCCUGGCCCCCAGUAUCCCAACCCCCCUGGCACAGCCAGUUCCACUUUCCGCCCAGCACUGCCAGUCCCUCAGCUCCAGCCCAUGGACCUUCGGGUGGGGCAGAGGCCCCCUGUGGAGCCUGCAUCACAACCAACUCUGCUGGCCCUUCAGCGCUCUCAGCAUCUGCACCACCAGCUCUUUCUUGCUGGUCUACAGCAUCAGCAGGUUGAACACAUUCAGCUCUCCCUGGAGACUCCAGUGCAAGAGGCACCAGGAGGACAUCAAGAGCAGGAGCUGAGGCAACUUCUCCACAAGGACAAGAGCAAACGGAGUGCUGUGGCCAGCCAUGCUGUGAAACAGAAAUUAGCUGAAGUCAUCUUGAAGAAGCAACAGGCAGCAUUGGAAAGAAGUACCCAUUCCAACAUCCCCUUCAGAACCCUGGGGUCUCUAGAGACAGAAGGAGCUCCCCCCACCGUGCUGAACAGCUUGCUGCCCACAGUUCCUAGUCUGCUCAGUGACUCCCCAGAACACUUUCCCCUGCGUAAGACAGUCUCAGAGCCCAACCUGAAGCUGCGCUACAAGCCCAAGAAGUCUUUGGAGCUGAGGAAGAACCCACUGCUUCGCAAGGAGAGCGCUCCUCCCAGCCUUCGUCGGCGCCCCACUGAGCCCCUUGGGGAUUCAUCCCCUAGCAGUAGCAGCACACCCGUUUCAGGUUGUAGCUCCCCCAAUGACAGUGAGCAUGGCCCCAUUCCUGCCAUGGGCUCUGAGGAGCUUUUAGCCCAACGGCUUCGACUACAGGAAAGCUCAGUUGCCCCAUUUGCCUUACCAACGGUGUCCACGCUUCCUGAAAUCACCCUGGGACUGCCUGCCACCACCAGGGCUGAUGGUGACCGAAGGACUCAUCCUGCUUUGGGGCCCCGGGGAAUUGUCCUGGGGAGCCCCCAUGGUCCCCUCUUCCUGCCCCCAGGCCUAGAGCCUGAGGCAGGGGGUACUUUGGCAUCUCACCUGCAGCCCAUCCUCAUCUUGGAGCCCUCAAUAUCUCAUCCCCCACUGCUGACUGUGCCUGGGCUUGGGCCACUGCCCUUCCAUUUUGCCCAAUCACUACUCUCCAGUGAACGGCUUUCAGGCUCAGGCCCCCAUACGCCACUGAGCCGGACUCGCUCAGAGCCCCUGCCCCCCAGCACCACUGCUCCCCAGCCACUAGGCUCCCUACAGCCCCGCCUGGAUUGGCUGAAACAACACUCACAGCUGAGCAAGAGGCCAGCAAAACCAAGUGAGAAGCCUCGACUUCGGCAGAUCCCCUCAGCAGAGGACCUAGAGACAAACGAGGCAUCUCUCCGAGGCCCAGAACACAGGGACCUCAGCCAUGGGAAGCCUGAAGUUGGUGGUCCUGCCUCCUCCCAGCAGCACCAGCAGAUACUCCUAUGGGAACAGCAGCAACGGCUGUUGGGUCGGCUUCCCAGGGGAAGUGCAGGUGACUCACUGCUGUUGCCCUCUACCCAAAGUGGACACCGGCCCCUCUCCAGGGCACAGUCCUCCCCAGCUGCUCCCGUCUCCUUGCCAACUUCAGAACCACCUAGCCAAGCCUUAGUACUACCCUGCCCUGAGACCCCUGCCAGGACCCUGCCCUAUACAACUGGGUUGGUGUAUGAUUCAGUGAUGCUGAAACACCAGUGCUCCUGUGGGGACAACAGCAACCAUCCUGAGCAUGCAGGCAGAAUCCAGAGCAUUUGGUCAAGGCUACAGGAACGGGGACUACGGAGCCAGUGUGAGUGUCUUCGAGGCAGGAAGGCCUCAUUGGAGGAGCUACAGUCAGUCCAUGAUGAACGACACGUGCUGCUUUAUGGCACCAACCCACUCAGCCGACUCAAAUUGGACAAUGGAAAGCUUGCAGGGAUCCUGGCACAAAGGAUGUUUGUGAUGCUGCCCUGUGGUGGGGUUGGGAUAUGCAAAUCAUUGCUGAGCCAUGGACCUGAGAAGAAGGGUCAAGAUCUGGAUUUGGGACAUCAGUCACUCCCUUGUGAAAGGGCUGUGGACACAGAUACAAUCUGGAAUGAACUGCACUCCUCCAAUGCAGCCCGCUGGGCUGCUGGAAGCGUAACUGACCUUGCCUUCAAGGUGGCUGCCCGAGAAUUAAAGAAUGGUUUCGCAGUAGUGCGGCCCCCUGGACACCAUGCAGACCAUUCAACUGCCAUGGGGUUUUGCUUCUUCAACUCGGUGGCCAUCGCAAGCCGGCAGCUACAGCAGCAGGGGAAGGUUAGCAAGAUCCUCAUUGUGGACUGGGAUGUUCAUCAUGGCAAUGGAACUCAGCAAACCUUCUAUGAGGACCCCAGCGUGCUCUACAUCUCUCUACAUCGACAUGAUGAUGGCAAUUUCUUUCCAGGCAGUGGGGCUGUUGAUGAGGUCGGGGCUGGCAAUGGAGAAGGCUUCAACAUCAAUGUUGCCUGGGCUGGAGGCCUUGACCCACCCAUGGGAGAUCCUGAAUACCUGGCAGCCUUCAGAACAGUUGUGAUGCCUAUCGCCCGAGAAUUCUCUCCUGACCUGGUCCUGGUGUCGGCUGGGUUUGAUGCUGCAGAUGGCCACCCCCCACCUCUGGGAGGCUACCGUGUCUCUGCCAAGUGUUUUGGGUACAUGACACAGCAACUGAUGAGCUUGGCAGGAGGAGCAGUGGUUUUGGCCUUGGAGGGUGGCCAUGAUCUCACAGCCAUUUGUGAUGCCUCUGAAGCCUGUGUGACUGCCCUGCUAGGAAACAAGGUGGAUCCCCUCUCUGAGGAGAGCUGGAAACAGAAACCCAACUUAAAUGCUAUUCGAUCCCUGGAAGCUGUGAUCCGGGUGCACAGUAAGUAUUGGGGUUCGAUGCAGUGGUUGGCCUCCAGUCCAGAUUCUUGGGUCCCCUCGGUGACAAUGGCUGACACAGAAGAAGUGGAACAGUGUCAGCACUGGCCUCACUCUCCGUGGGCAUUCUGGCAGAAAAGAGGCCCUCAGAGCAGCUGAUGGAGGAAGAGGAGGAGCCUAUGAAUCUCUAAGGCUUCAGGACAAACCAAUCCACCAUCCACUCCUGCCCUUCAGACCUGGAUCUUCUAACCAAUGGCCACCAUGUCUAGUCUUUGAGGUUUCAGAUUCUAAUGGUCCUGGUCUGAUGCCUGCCAGCCCUGCUCCUCCCUUGACAGUCACCCCAGACAACUUGGGAAUAUCCCCAAGCCCUAAGGAGGGGAACAGGGAAAAGUCUCCAGAAAGGAACUAAGUUAGAGAGAUAAGGGAGUGGUGUUCAGCCACUGUCCCACCCCUGGACUUCUCCAAGGGCAGAUUCCUCUAGCCCUCUGGAGCAUGGCCUACAAGGACCUCUGGCCCACAGGAGGAGACCACUUUUCUCUAGGAGUCUGACAAGAGCCUUGGCUGCCAUGUCUCAACCCACCCCUAACCUAACCACUAUCUCCACCCAAGGGGCCCCAGCCCCUCCGCCACACAGCCUUAAGGUCUGUAUGGAAAUGUGAAAUCUCAAUCUUUGUUGAAGUUUGAGCUCAAGAGAAGACAGGUCCAUUGUGAGGCCUUCAGGGGUCUCCUCUUCCCUGUGCAUGAUUAGAUAUCCUGUCAUCUCUCUACUACCCCUCUCCACCCCAAACUUACUGGGCUUUCAGGGAUGCCCUUGCCAGGCACUAAGACAUAGCACAAUCUGAUAAGAGUUGCUAGUUAGACAAUUCUCCACCCCACCCCCAUCUUCAGUGCCUGCACUGUGUAUACCUUGAUUCAACCAUCUCAGUAUCCUGGGGAGUGAGCAUGCUGUCCCUCUCCCCCACCCCAUUGCUCCCCCAAGCAGAUGGUGCCAACUCCCUUAUCUUCUCUCUGGGAUACAACAUAACUUAGAGGGAGCCUUAGCUUUCCCAUCCUAAGGCUUGCAUCCUGUCCCCACAUAGAACUGCCUUAGCUAAAGGGAAGGAGGUGAGGUAAAGAUGUGGGCCAGUGAGAAGGGCUGCUCCUGGGGACAUCAGCACAGGGGCUUCCUAGCUCCAGCUUGGGGCCAGAAGUAUUUGUGUGUGUGCGCAUGUAUGUCUCCUCCACAAAACUCCUGUGUAUGUGCAUGUUUUUGUUUAAGAAAAAAGAAAAAGAAAAAUCUGAAUAAAUGUUUAUUUGCUUUAAAACUGCA